UUCCCUAGUUAAGCCAAUGACUCAGGAACCCAACUGGAAAAAGGAUUACGACCGCCUGGUCCGCGAGCAUUUGAAUGAUCAGAAUCAGGCGAAAACGCUACAACGACAAAUACGGCACUUUCGGUCAAAGCGCGUACGACUCCAGAAUGAAAUCGAGGCGGAGAGCAAGAGCAUGGACGUUUGGGUAAAGAUGAUGGAGAACUUGCACCGCGGAGUGGAGCGCUUUCAGCACAACCACCUGCUCACGCCCAAAAAGCGCAAGCAGCUGCGCCGCAUAAUGCGAAAGCUGCCCUUGAGCAGUUUGGAUGAGCAGGUGCGACUGAUGGAGGUGUCGGAGCAGUUGGUGCCCAAGCCGUGCAAGGAGACUCCUAAACCACCGAAGGGCAACGAACGCCAGUUCAUCAAGUACUCAGUUCCGCAUCAGAAAAAGAACUGCGAUCCCAAUAAUCAAUCCCCCGUGGACAAACGGCUGGCCAGGCUAUAUGCCAAUCUGAAGGCUCUGCAAAAAAUCCACGAGCAGACCUCGUCCGUCAUCGCUGAUAUACGUUCCCUGAUGGCCACUAUUGACUAUUUGGAGCGCGGAAACUGCACCAAGAUAAAGAUCACUCCAGCGGAGGGUUCCAGGCCGUCAAUAAAGGCCACCAUCGAAUUGGAUCGGCUGCGCAGGACCAAGAACGGUAACCACUACACUCGGGAAAGUAUGGACGUACGUCCUCCGUACAUCCUUGACCAUGUGCCGCAAUUGAAACCAAACAUUUUCGACGCUCUGGGAAGAAAGGCGAAAAAGUCAAAACCUAAGCACUGA